AAUGACUCCCACCAUGCAGUAGCAAAAUGUCGAUUCUUUCACUUCCAUCCCCAGACAAUGCCUUCUAACUAAAUUACCUGGCUCACAAUACGAAGAGAUCAACUAGGUACAUAUACCACAAACCAAUGGACCUCACUUAAAACAUCCUGAAGUAUCGCAACAUCACCUCCAAUCCGCAUCAGAAAUUUUCCACCAGAUUGUCCGCCACGAUGGUGGUCACAGAGGUCAACGGCAACGAGAGCCGUGCCUCUUUAAAACACCAGUGCCAAAUCCCAACCUGAAAACCCUUUCGCCAGCCUUGUUCCCGAUCAAAACUAUGCCAUUGUACCUUCAUUCACCCUCGAAUCCGGCGUCGUCCUCAAAAAUGUUCCCGUAGCAUACACGACUCGGGGCCAACUGUCAGAGAACAAAGACAACGCACUAGUAAUAUGCCAUGCGCUCAGUGGAAGCGCCGAUGUGGCCGACUGGUGGGGUCCUCUGCUGGGAGGGACCGGGCAAGCAUUUGAUAUGACGAGAUUCUUCAUCGUUUGCUUGAACAGUCUGGGAAGCCCGUACGGCAGUGCCAGUCCUGUCACCAGCAGAGACGGAGAUCCGGAACUGGGGAACUAUGGUCCAGAAUUCCCUCUGACCACGAUAAGGGACGAUGUGAACCUCCACAAGAUCGUCCUCGACUCCCUCGGCAUCCGGAAGAUCGCGUGCGUGGUGGGAGGGUCGAUGGGCGGCAUGCUUUGCCUUGAAUAUGCCUACUUUGGCAAGGACUAUGUGCGCACCAUCGUUCCGAUCGCGACAUCGGCAACACACAGUGCUUGGGGCAUCAGCUGGGGCGAGGCGCAACGGCAGGCCAUAUACUCGGACCCAAAAUAUGAAGAUGGCUAUUACUCCUCCGAGGAUCCGCCCACGGCAGGGUUGGGAGCAGCACGCAUGUCUGCAUUGCUCACCUAUCGCAGCCGUGACUCGUUUGAGGCCCGCUUCGGGCGAAAUGCACCUGAUUUGUCGAAAAGGCAGACGAUCGGCCAGGAGAACGGCAACGGAGCACACAACGAACACUGGUCGAUUCACAACGACGGUCACAGUCGUGCCAAAGGGUUUCGACCCGGGUCACGCAGCGAAACCCCUUCAGGGUCGAGACCGCCGGAUUCCCCGGACGAGGCGCAGACGGCGACUUUCAAAGACCCCCAAUUCAGCGGGACGACAGAAUACUCGGUGCCUGUACCAGUCCUCAGCCGAAACACCUCACAGCCGACGAGCCAUUACUUUUCAGCUCAAUCCUACCUGCGGUACCAAGGCAACAAGUUCGUGACUCGAUUCGACGCGAACUGUUAUAUUGCCAUUACACGCAAGCUUGACACUCAUGACGUUUCAAGAAACCGGGCAUCCAGUGUUCAGGAUGCCCUGGCGCUCAUCGAGCAACCUGCCCUGGUUCUGGGCAUAGAGUCUGAUGGGCUCUUUACCAUCGCCGAGCAGGAGGAGCUUGCCCACGGCAUCCCGAACGCCCGGCUAGGGAAGAUCGAUAGUCCAGAAGGGCAUGACGCUUUUCUGCUGCAGUUCGAACAGGUCAACAGCUACCUCCUUGGAUUCUUUCGAGAAUACCUGCCAGAAAUCAUGAGCAAACCUGGUGUGGGAGGGGAAAAUGGAGAGGUCAAGGAUGGAGUUGGCCAGAUGACGAAAAGCAGUACAUUUGGAGAGGCAGAGAUUGGUGACUUGACUGCCUGGUGAUGGAGAAGAUGAAACGCGUGCGUCACGGAGUACGAUCAGGGAAGAUGAAUCAAAAAUCCCGGACUCGAUGAGACGGGAAAUGUUUCCAAGAUACCAGUUCAACUCUGGUUUUAAUGGACUUUGGCUUUGCCCGAGCACGAGCGAGCGAGCAUUGUAUAUGAAUUGUAUCAUUGUCGUCGGUUUGAAGGCCGCAUUCACAAGAUACCCGGAGGAGUAUGGAGCGAGUCAACUUAAAUAUACGGAUCUCAAGGGGGGGAUAUACUCGUCUAGGUGGCGUCAUUGCCAUGACUAUAAGGAGAAUAAAUUACCUAUGCAUAGAC